GUCUCUCUUUGAUCCCACGACACUCUUGACCGGACAUCCACACCAUAUACGCCCCAAUUCCUCACACCAGACAUGGCAGCAGCCGCCCUGCGACCAAUGAUGGCAGUAGCACGAGAAGAGGCCGCGGUCGUCGCGUCCGAAGCAUCCAUGGCCGCCCGCACCACCGUAGGCACUGAGGCGAAGACAUUGGCCCGCGAAAUGGGGCACGAGGUGCUGAACCCUGUCGCGAUUCGCGAGGCCGCUGAGGCCAACGCUAAGCGUGCUCUCGACAUGACAGAACAGCCAAACCUCUUCGGCGUGCUGUCUCACGCCAAGCCCUCGGGUACUCCGACACUAACAACAUCGACCUCCACGACCGCGUCCACCGCAAUCUCAGAAACCUCCUCAGCAUUGGCGGAGCAUAACCUUCUCAGCGAGCUGGGCGAGACCACUAUCAACCACAACACCUCCUACGUCGCACAGUUGCUCGAGGCCGAUCUUGGGGUGACCGUCCGCGAAGCAAUGACGAACGGCGCCGAGACUGGCAUGCAGGAUGUGGCUGAGCAGGCCGCCGAGCUCGCUAAGAACGUCGUCAACGGUAAUGUUCAGCUCGACAGGCGGGUCAAGGCCCUCGCCAAAAUGCCCCCGCCACAGGCUUGA